AUGUUAAAAAUGACUUCAGAAAAUAACUCCAAAUAUAUCGAAUUUACAAUGCAAGGAAUCUCAGAUUUACCAGAGCUUCAAUUUCCUCUUUUCAUAACUUUUUUAUUUAUUUAUCUCACUAUUGUAAUUAGUAAUCUCACCAUUGUUGCAUCUAUAGUUUUGUACAAUCAUUUGCACACACCGAUGUACAUCUUCUUGAGUAACCUAUCAGUCAUUGAUAUCUCUCUCACUUCGUCCAUUCUUCCCAAAUUACUGGACAUGCUCUUCACACAAUGUAAGACCAUAUCCUUUGCAGGGUGCUUUAUUCAGAUGUAUUUCUUCAUGGCCUUUGUUUGCUCAGAAUUUUUAAUACUGGCUGUUAUGGCUUACGAUCGCUAUAUAGCAAUCUGCCACCCUCUUCAUUAUUCUUUACUUAUGAGUUCCAAGAUGUGUGCAUAUCUGAUACUGGGAGACGUGAUCGGUAGCUUAUUGGAUCCAGUUCUGCACACAGUUUUAAUUUCUAAGUUGUCCUUCUGUUCAUCUCACCAUAUUGACCAUUUUUUCUGUAAUAUUUUUCCAUUGCUUAAACUUUCCUGCAAUGAUACAUCUUACAUCGAGAUGUGGACCUACAUAUUUUCAGUUGUAGUAGGUAUGAGUUUAUUAACACUUACAUUAGCGUCAUAUUUCUUUAUUAUCUCAUCUAUCCUAAAUAUUAAGUCAAAAACUGGUCGACAUAAAGCCUUUUCUACUUGCGCCUCCCACAUGACAUGCAUUUUCAUCUUUUAUGGAACAAUCAUCUGUUUGCAUAUGAAGCCCAGAUCUAUGUAUUCUCCAGGACAGGACAAGUUGUUUUCUCUACUUUAUGUCAUACUUAUCCCAAUAAUUAAUCCUCUAAUUUACACUCUGAAGAAUAAGGACUUUAGUAAAGUUUUUAAACAAAUAAAGCAUUAUUAG